AUGCGUCCCUUUACCUCAGGAGGAUUGCGGUCUUUGCGUUCCUUGCUGUCGGCCCCAAACACACUCGCGACAGCAACAAGGCCCUCUCAACGACUUAUUUCUUCACAGAUCGUCUAUUCCCACUCAAGCUAUACACCAUCAUUCUUCAAAUACUCUCUAUUCAACCAUUUUCAGGGCUCUGCUAUCCGCCAAAAAUCCACAUCAUCAAGCCCUCUGACCGAGGAGCCCCGCGACCGAACUGAAACCGACACCGAUCGCCAGAAGAGAAACGAAGAACGGCGUCGCAACGAAGAGGCAUAUCAGAUAGUCUUCACUUGCAAGCCUUGUGGAGAACGCUCGUCUCACCGCAUGUCGAAACAGGGCUACCACCGUGGCACUGUCUUGAUUCAAUGCCCGUCAUGCUCGAACCGGCAUGUCAUGAGUGAUCAUUUGGGGAUCUUCUUUGACAAGAGAACGACACUCGAGGAUUUGCUUAAAGAAAAAGGGCAGACACUCACUCAUGGACACACGGAUGGGAACUUGGAGUUCUGGGAGGACGGCACCGUCAAGAGCUUCGGUCUGGAUGGACGUCAGCUUUUAGAAUCUACAGCACAAAAAAGCUCUUGA